AUGAAGAACCAAGUUUGUUUUACAAGCUUUGCCCUCUUCUUCUUUCUCCUUCUCACCAAGUGGUCCGGAGUUGAAGCUCAAACUUGCAAGCCCAGUGGCAUAAUAAGGGGGACAAAGCCUCCACCAGGACAACAUAACCAAGAGAACGACUCUGGUUGUUACGUGCAAGGCAAGCCUUGUACUAUUUAUAAGUGUUCACCCCCCGUGUCUAGCCAUACAAAGGCGACACUAACCAACAACAGCUUUCAAAAAGGUGGGGAUGGUGGCGGACCUUCAGAAUGCGACAACAAGUAUCACCCUGAUGACACUCCUAUGGUAGCACUGUCAACAGGAUGGUUCAAUAAUAAGCAAAGGUGUUCGAAUUAUAUCACCAUCUAUGGCAAUGGAAGGAGUGUCAAGGCCAAGGUAGUUUACGAGUGUGAUUCCACUAUGGGUUGUGAUGCUGACCAUGAUUACCAACCUCCAUGUCCUAACAACAUUGUUGAUGCCUCUAAAGCUGUUUGGAUGGCUUUGGGAGUGCCACAAAGUGAUUGGGGUGAAUUAGACAUUUAUUGGUUUGAUGUUUAG